GGGGUGGUGCCGUGUCAGGUGACUCUGGUCACAGUUUCAGCUCGUGGAACGUCGCACACUGACAUAUCUCGGUUCUGAACGUGUAAUUAGACCCACUACAGCGGAAAAAAUGCCGAUGUUUGUCGUUAACACGAACGUGGCACCUGGCGACGUGCCAGCAGCUCUGCUGACGGAAGCUACGGAGGAGCUCGCUAAAUCUAUGGGUAAACCUGCUCAGUACAUUGCUGUGCACAUCCACCCAGAGCAAAUGAUGAUGUUUGGAGGGAAAGGAGACCCUUGUGCCCUGUGCUCCCUCCACAGCAUUGGAAAGAUCAGCCCUGCUCAAAAUAAGCAGUACGCUAAACUACUGUGUGGCUUGCUCAACAAACACCUGGGCAUAGCUGCCGACAGGAUUUAUAUCAAUUUUUUCGACAUGGGUGCGAGUAAUGUGGCGUGGAAUAACACUACCUUUGGUUGAGAUGGAGGUCCUUGACCAAAACAACAUUCCAGCUGUAUUGAAGAGUCACAAUAGAAUAGUAUCAAGAGGCAAAAACCCCCGAUAAUAACUCACAUUAUGAUGAGUUCAUAAGGCGAACUUCUCUCUUUGUUUGUUGUAGCUUUGCACGGAUCCUUUCCCUAUGCAAUAAAGCAAACCAGGUGGAUGCAUUCGUCUUACAAAA